CCAGUCUUCCCUCCGCCCCCGCCGGCCCCGCGGUCCCAAGGCGCCAGGUCGCCCCCAGCCCCCUCCCUCCUCCCGCCCACUCUCUGUCCCACCCUCCUCAGCUUUGUGCCGGGGGCGCGGAGCCGCUUCCCCCCUCUGCCGCACCGCGGGAGGAGGGACCUGCCACCGAGGAGCUGCCGGGCUGCCCCAGGCGGGGGUACAGUCGCAACCAAGGCGAUGUCUUACUACCUCAACUCAGAAAACCACCUGGACCCAGGGCCCAUCUAUGUGCGAGAAAAUGGGCAAUUGCACAUGGUCAAUCUGGCCUUGGAUGGUGUCAGGAGUAGCCUGCAGAAGCCAAGGCCUUUCAGACUGUUUCCCAAAGGCUUUUCUGUGGAGCUUUGCAUGAACCGGGAAGACGAUACUGCACAGAAAGAGAAGACCGAUCAUUUCAUCUUCACUUACACCCGGGAGGGAAAUCUUCGGUACUCUGCCAAAUCCCUCUUCAGCCUCGUCCUGGGCUUCAUCUCUGACAAUGUUGAUCACAUUGAUUCCCUUAUUGGCUUUCCUGAGCAGAUUGCUGAAAAGCUGUUUUCUGCUGCUGAAGCCAGACAGAAGUUCACAGAGCCAGGUGCGGGGCUAAGGGCUUUACAGAAAUUCACUGAGGCCUAUGGCAGUCUGGUGCUUUGCUCCUUGUGUUUGCGAAACAGAUAUCUGGUGAUUUCAGAAAAACUCGAGGAGAUUAAAUCUUUCCGGGAGCUGACCUGCCUGGAUCUUUCCUGUUGCAAGCUUGGAGAUGAGCAUGAACUUCUAGAACAUCUCACCAAUGAGGCCCUGUCUAGUGUAACUCAGCUCCACCUGAAGGAUAACUGUUUAUCUGAUGCCGGGGUGAGGAAGAUGACAGCACCAGUUCGAGUGAUGAAAAGAGGCCUUGAAAAUCUAACAUUAUUAGACUUAUCUUGUAACCCUGAGAUCACAGAUGCAGGAAUUGGAUACCUCUUUUCUUUUAGAAAACUAAACUGCUUAGAUAUCUCUGGGACAGGACUCAAGGACAUCAAAGCUGUCAAACAUAAGCUUCAGACCCACAUUGGCCUCAUUCACUCCAAAGUGCCUUUGAAGGAAUUUGAUCACAGUAACUGCAAGACCGAAGGCUGGGCUGACCAGAUUGUUCUGCAGUGGGACCGUGUGACUUCAGAAGCCGUGAAGCCACGAGAAACCUCGGAGCCUCGAACAGCAGCUCAGCACUUCUAUGGGAAGCGGGCUCCAGCAGAAGCCCCAGUGAAGUGUCCCCUGGCAGACACCCACGUGAACUCUUCCGAGAAGCUCCAGUUCUACAAGGAGAAAGCCCCAGACUGCUGUGGGCCAUUGUUGAAAUGUGAAGCUGUCUCAAGCCAGGAGUCAAAGAAGAGCAAGAAGAGAGCUUUCGAGGAGACCGAGAAGGAACAAAACAGCUCCUCGCAGCCUUCGAAGCAGAAAUAUGUGUGUCUUGCUGUGGAGGACUGGGACUUGUUAAAUUCCUACUGAUUGGCAGAGGGAAGUUGACCUUCCCCCUCCCGCUCAAAUGUCUGAGGCGAGGGGCUGAUGACGUUUUCCUUUUCGUUUGAAUUGACCUAUGGCGUUAGCAUAGCGAGUGGAUAUUUCUACUUUUGUGGUGGGGGAGGGAAUGCUCUGGAAGUAUGUAAUAAUUUCUAAUGUAUAUUUUCAAUACAUAGUAAUUUUUUCAAAUAAACGUUUUUGCUGUC